UCGCCAUAGGGCAGCACUGUGCGUCUUUCGCACGCGUAUUUUUGUGCAGAUUUUGUGUGGAAAUUCAUAGUUAUUUGUUGUGAAAAUAGUUAAAAACAGCAACAAUCAUGGCGCAAUUCGAUUUAACACGCAUCAAUUGUCAGUAUUUGGACAGACAUUUGACUUUUCCACUGCUGGAGUUUUUAUGCGGCAAGGAGAUUUACAACCAGCAAGAGCUGUUGGAGUACAUUCUGGAUACGGUGAACAAGACGAACAUGAUUGAUUACACCAUGGACACUCGCAAGCGUCUCAAUCUCAGCCAGGAAAUGCCGGAGGAGCUGGUGCAGCGCAAGGCCGAGGUGUUGGCCACGUUGAAGCAGCUGCAGAACGAGGUGGCGCCCAUCAUGAAGGCCACCGACAUUCUGAAGAACGGCGAGAGCAUGAAGGACUCCAAGACCUUUGUGAAUGCCCUGCAGAAGGACUACAACUUCAAGGUGGAGCACCUGGAGAGCGCCUAUAAGCUGGCCAAAUACCUGUACGAGUGCGGCAACUACCAGGAGUCCACUUCGUAUCUGUAUUUCUGUCUAAUCGUCAUGUCACCCAAUGAUAAGAACUACCUGAAUGUGCUGUGGGGCAAGCUGGCUGCCGAGAUUCUGACCCUUAACUGGAACACGGCUCUGGAAGAUUUAACACGUCUGCGUGAUUACAUUGACAGCGCCAAUUUCUCGACCAUUCAGGCGCUUCAGCAGCGCACCUGGCUGAUCCACUGGUCAGUGCUGGUCUUCUUCAACCAUCCCAAGGGCCGUGACCUUAUCAUUGAGAUGUUCUUGUAUAAGCCGCUGUAUCUGAACGCCAUACAGACCAUGUGCCCGCACAUUAUGCGCUAUUUGGCUACCGCUGUGGUCAUCAAUCGCACACGUCGCAAUGCGCUUAAGGAUCUGAUUAAGGUCAUUCAACAGGAAUCGUACACGUAUCGUGAUCCCAUAACCGAGUUCCUCGAGUGCCUCUACGUGAACUUUGACUUUGAGGGCGCCCGCCUGAAGCUGCAUGAGUGCCAAACGGUCAUCUUCAAUGACUUCUUCAUUGUCGCCUGCCUCAACGAGUUUGUGGAGGAUGCGCGUCUGAUGAUCUUCGAAACAUUCUGUCGCAUCCAUCAGUGCAUUACCAUCAGCAUGCUGGCUGACAAGCUCAACAUGAAGCCCAACGAGGCCGAGUGCUGGAUUGUCAAUCUAAUCCGCAACGCGCGUUUGAAUGCCAAGAUUGACUCGAAACUGGGACAUGUUGUGAUGGGUACACAGCCACUGAGUCCAUAUCAGCAGCUGGUGGAGAAGAUUGACUCGCUGUCGAUGCGUUCGGAGCAUUUGGCAGGUCUGAUUGAGCGCAAGAGCAAACAAAAGAAUCAAGAAUCGAUCGACUCCUGGAAAUACUACUAAGCAUUAUAAGUUUAUUAACAAUUCACAAUUUUUGUAUCCAACCAGUAGGCAAUGCCACCGUGCAUUUCAAUUGUAAACAACCGUCACUUGGCGCGAAUAAAACAACAUCUUAAUUCGCA